AGUUAUAAUAAAAUGGUUUGUGAACAGUGGCAAAACUCAAUAGUUUCUGUAGACAAGACACUGGCUAUUGUCUUGCUGAUUUUGAACAUCUUCUUCCCAGGGCUCGGAACUCUGAUUAACGCCUUUAUGGGAGACGGAGUCGUAGGCGACCAGGUGCUGGUGGCGAUACUGCAGUGGCUGACCGCCAUCUGCAUUGUUGGAUGGAUCUGGGCCAUCUGGUGGGGUAUCCUGAUGGUACAGAAGGCAAAAGGUUAAAUCCAAUGAUCAAACAGAAGAUUAGGUUAAGAAAUAACAAUUCUUGAUA